AUGGAGGAAGAGAAAAGUUGGCCAUCGUCCCAAAGGUCGCCGCAAGGCUGCAGGAGAUCUAAGUCCUCGGUGGAGGGUGGGUCUGGUCUGGGCCUGGUCACUGUCAGCCUUGAGGAUGCCACGAUGCGAGGCAAGCACGCACCUCGGAACCUGCGCGCCUUCCCGCUCGCGUCUACUUCGGACGUCAAGGACGGCAAGUACGAGUCCGCAUUUCUCAGACUCGACGGAGGGACGCUGCCUCACCCCACGAGUCCACCCAACUUCAUGUUGCAACGUGCAAGACACCGGCGCAUGUUUUUCUCGGUCUACAACUCCACGUCGCAGUCCGUCCUCAACGCCAGCUGUCGCGUUCUUGGUGCCUCUGAACAACCUUCCUUACUCAAGGAGCGGUAG